CGAAGCUCCUGACAUUUUGCAGAAGUACUACUACUACUACACUCAAAUUUUCCAAGACAGACAAGUUGAUUGAGUGAGUUCAUCGCAGCAGAGGAUCCUGUAUUAAUGUAACCAACGAAGGCAAACUGAUGUCAGGGGAAAACUUGCCAGCUCGUGCAACAACAACAACAACAGAUCGUCUUUGAUCUGCAGAGACUCCACAGCUGAGGGGAAGGAAACCACACUACCAACAAAACUACAAGGGCAGGGGCCCUUUAAUGAGGACAAUAUGGAGUCUUGGCGAUUCAGGUUGGGGGAGGAAGAGGAGGAUGAAGAUGAUGCAGACACUCAGUACAUGAUAGAGCAGAGUCUACUGGAGAUCAACAAACAGAAGGAAACUCACAGAGAGUCGACAGCACAAGACGGCAAGAAAAAAGCAGACAGCACCACGAUCUUCUCUGCUAUAAGACAAGGUAAUGAGAAGCUAUUGAGGGAACUGUGUUUCAACCACAAAGACAAGUUUCUCCAGACAGACAGCAGAGGUUGGAUUCCGCUCCAUGAGGCUGCAGCUCAGAGCAACCAAACCAUCCUGGAACUCACAUUCAAAGCCUCAGGUCCUGAUGCUGUGGAGUGUCGUACUCUCCGUGGUCAGACUCCUUUUUACCUGGCUGUAGAAACAGGUCUUAUAGAAAAUGCCUCCUUCCUUCUCAAUCAUGGAUCUGAGCCAGACUGCCAGGACCAGGACCAGGACUCACCUCUGUUUAUUGCCAUCCGUUCAGAACGCUUGGACUUGGUGAGGCUGUUGCUUCAGCAGGGCUCCAAAGUGAACCAGCAGGGCUGUAACGGACGUCGACCCCUCCACGAGGCCUCACGACUGGGCAAAGCAGAGCUAGUGACCCUGCUGCUGGACGCUGGUGCCUGGCCAGACCCUCGGAGCCACUACGGCCUCACACCACUGGCGUUGGCAGCUCAGGGCGGACACCUGGAGGUGGUGCAGACUCUUCUGCACAAAGGUGCAGAUGUUCUGUCCGAGGCGCAGGAUGAGGCGUCUGUCCUGUACGAGGCGUCUGCAGCCGGAGAUCCAGCCGUCAUCAGUCUGCUGCUGACAUAUGGGGCAGACGCCAACGUGGCCACGCACACGGGACACAUGCCCAUCCACCGCGUCGCACACAGAGGACACCUGCAAGCUUUAAAGCUGCUGAUUCCAGUAACUUCAGUGGAAGACGUAAAUGAAAGUGGGAUGAGUCCUCUACACUCUGCUGCUGCAGGAGGACAUCCACAAUGCAUCAAGACCUUGCUGGAUGCUGGUUAUGAUCCCAACAAUAUGCUCAGCUCCUGGGUUCGCCGUGGCUUUGACGAUGAGAGGAAGUCAGCUCUCUUCUUCGCAGUCUCCAAUAAUGACGUGCCAUCGACCAAACUGCUGCUGGAGGCUGGAGCCAUGACCAACCAAGACCCAAUCAAAUGUCUGCAGGUUGCACUGCGUGUGGGCAACUAUGAAUUGAUUGACCUGUUGCUGAGGUUUGGAGCCAACGUCAACUACUACUGCAGAAUAAACACCACACACUUUCCCUCAGCUCUGCAGUAUGCGCUCAAAGACGAGGUGGUACUCAGAAUGCUGUGUAAGUAUGGUUACGACGUGGAGCGGUGCUUUCACUGUCCCUACGGCAACAACUCCCAUAUACCUGACGACUAUGAGGGAUGGAGCAACACUGUGAUCAAAGACACCAUGUUCUGUGAGGUGAUCACAGUCUCUUGGCUGAAGCACCUCUCGGGUCACAUUGUUCGGAUCCUGCUGGACUACGUGGAUCACGUGACCUUGUGCACCAAACUGAAGGCGGCUGUGAUGGAGCAGCAAGAGUGGCCGGACAUCUGCAGGCUACAAGAAAACGCUCGCUGUCUGCAGCAUCUGUGUCGGCUGAAGAUCCGUCGUUGUCUUGGACGCCUUCAUCUCCGAUCACCUGUCUUCAUGAGUUUUCUGCCGUUGCCGGAGCGACUGAAGAACUACAUCCGGUACCGGGAGUUUGACCUUUAUGGUUGCCAGGGCAACACACCAGGGUGACACAGGAGUGAGGAGACAGAGGAAAUUUCAAAGAAAGUCAUUACAAAAGCGUAUUAUUUUCUAUUAUGUUUUCCACAUCAUACAUCAUUUAUAUUUACCAGAGAAAGCAAAACUAAAUGAUAUAUAUAUUUUUUUUUAUUUUCAUAUUUUUGUGCUUUUCUACUAUUUGAUGAUGCAUGAACGAGAGCAAUGUCUGGAAGUAAAGCAUAUCAGAGGAUACGAUCAACUGUAAAUGUUACUUUUAAAAAAGUCACUAGUACAAGCUUUCGUCACCUUUAUG